AUGGAGAGCCAGUGCCCUUCCUGUGGCAACACCUACCUGCAGGAUGCGGCCUUCUGCCGCAAGUGCGGGCACAAGCGCGGCAUGGCUGUGGGCAUGCCAGCUGUGACUCAGAGGAGCGACCUCUUCUCCGCGCUGGAUAAGAACGGGGACGGCGUGCUGACCCGAGAAGAGUUGGCCGCAAUGGGGGGGCAGGCAGGCUUUGGCGCAGGUGCUGGCCAGGCGAUGUCCAUGACGCCCACCAUGCCGAUGCCAGUCACGCAGAGAGUCACCAUGGCCCCGCCGGUCUAUGCUGCUGCACCGGGCAUGGGUGCCCAGAUGAUGACCCAACAGGGGGGCAUGGGUGCCCAGAUGAUGACCCAACAGGGGGGUAUGGGUGCCCAGAUGAUGACCCAACAGGGGGGCAUGCUCUCGGGCAGUGUGUCUGUCACGGCCCCGCCAGUCACUUAUGCAGCGCCGGGCAUGGGUGCCAACAUGAUGACCCAACAGGGGGGUAUGGGUGCCCAGAUGAUGACCCAACAGGGCGGCAUGGGUGCCAACAUGAUGACCCAACAGGGGGGUAUGGGUGCCCAGAUGAUGACCCAACAGGGCGGCUUGCUCUCCGGCAGUGUGCGGUCUGUCGGCAGCUAUGGCAGCUAUGGCAUGGGCGUGAGUGCUGAGCCUGUGUAUGCCGCUGCCCCCGCGCAGAUGGCAGUCCUGCCACAGGUUCAAUACGUCGAGAAGAUCGUCGAGGUGCCGAAAGUGGAGGUUCAAGAGAAGUACGUGGAUGUGCCUACGACCUUGUACCAGGAGAAGGUGGUGGAGGUGCCCAAGCUGCACGUGGCCGAAGUGGUGAAGCAGGUGCCCAAGAUCGAGGUGCAGGAGGUCAUGAAGGAGGUGGCCAAGCCCAUCACCGAGGUCUAUGAAAGGGAAGUGGAGGUGCCACAGACGCUCUACGUGGAGAAGCUCGUUGAAGUCCCAAAGGUUCAGAUGGUGGAUGUCAUGAAGCAGGUGAGCAAGCCUAUGGUGAAGCAGGUGACAAAGCAGGUGGUGAAGCCCAUCUACGAAGUGGUGGAGAAGAUUGUGGAGGUCCCCAUCACCACCAUCCAGGAGAGCAGAUUGUGGAGGUGCCCAAGGUGGAGUACGUGGAGCUGGUCCGCGAAGUGCCGAGGCCCGAGAUCCAGAAGGUGGAGAAGCAGGUGGAGAAGCCGGUGA